AUGGUAAUAGAGGGCGUGCUAACACCUAUUCGAUAUUCGAAGUGGGCAACACCAUUGACACCAGUGAUGAAAGAUGACGGGACAAUACGGAUGUGUGGCGAUUAUCGUGUGACAGUAAACACCGCGAUAGAUACAGACACGUACCCCCUUCCAACAGCAAAUGAAGCGUUUGUAAGGUUGAGUGGGGGUAGAAUAUUCAGUAAAUUAGAUUUAAAGCAAGCGUAUACACAGCUAAAAGUUGAUGAUGCGACUGCAAUGCUGUUAACACUCAACACUCCAAUUGGUUUAAUGAGAAUGAACCGUUUACCGUUCGGUGUCAAUGCGGCGCCAGCUGUUUUUCAACGCCUGAUGUCAACGGCGCUUGCAGGUAUGGAGGGCGUCGCCUGUUUAUUGGACGAUGUGGCGGUAACGGGAUCCACCAUUGAAGAACACAAUCACAGACUUAGAGAAGUGCUAAGUAAAUUGCAAGAAAUGGGAUUUCGAUUGAAUGAAAAAAAGUGUGUUUUUGCGGCGAACAGCAUUACGUUCUUAGGCCACAUGAUUGAUGCGGAAGGCCUCCAACCUACGAAGGUAAAGGAAAUUCAAGAAAAACCGGCUCCAACUAACAAAGAGACGUUGCGAGCCUUUUUGGGCUUAUACAAUUUCUAUGAGAAAUUUUUACCUGAUAAGAGCACUAUAUUAGAGCCAUUAUAUAGACUAUUAGAAUCAAAGAGACCCUGGAGCUGGGGAGAGAAAGAACAGAAAGCUUUCAAUGAGGCAAAACGUUUAUUGUCAUCGGAUCUCACAUUGGUGGGAUAUGAUUUACAAAAAGAAUUGCUUCUCAUCUGUGAUUCUUCAGAAUAUGGAGUAGGAGCGAUUAUUGCCCAUGUGAUGAAAGACGGAUCUGAAAGACCUGUAAUGAUGGCCUCGCGCACAUUGCAAGCUCAUGAGAGACGAUACGGGCAAAUUGAUAAGGAGGCACUAGCAAUUAUAUUUGGAUUGACCAAAUUUCACGAAUUUUUAGCAGGUCGUAAAUUUUGUAUAGUUACAGAUCACAAGCCACUGGUAGGGUUAUUCAAUCCUGCAAAGCCUAUACCUGAACAGAUUUCGCCUAGAAUGUUACGUUGGUCACUUAAACUCGCUUGCUAUGACUAUAAACUAAAGUACAGACCUGGGAAACUAAUUGGCAACGCGGAUGCUUUAAGCAGAUGGACCGCUACGGAUACAUCCAGUGUAAAGAAGGAAGUGUCUGGUGAUCUGCUUCUGUUAGAAGAGCAGUUGAGCGGGUGGCAGCUAAAUGCUGGCAAAAUUGCUGAAGAAACUAAAAAGGAUAUGGUGCUGCAAAAAGUAAUGUUCCAUGUUUUACACGGCUGGCCACGCAAGAAUACAGAUUCAAGUUUACAAGCUUAUUGGUCAAGAAGAGAAGCUCUUUCACAUAAUAAUGACUGUUUAUUGUGGUGUAACAGAGUAAUAAUACCGGCAUCCUUGCAGGAAAAGGUUUUGAAGUUGUUACAUGCUCCACACGCGGGCAUGGUCCAGACGAAAGCGUAUGCAAGAGGCUAUGUAUGGUGGGUAGACAUGGAUCGUCAAAUUGAGAAUAUUGUAGCCGCCUGCCAACAGUGCCAAUUAGUAAGAAAUAAACCACCAAAGGACCCUCAAUCUUGGAUUGUUUCAGAGAAACCCUGGAGUCGUGUACAUGUGGACUUUGCUGGACCCUUCCAGGGGAAAACAUUUUUAGUUCUAGUAGAUAGCUAUAGCAAAUGGUUUGAAGCCGAAAUAGUACCAACGAUGAAUAGCGGGACAGUGAUAACGGUGCUAAGGAAAAUUUUUACUUCACAAGGACUGCCUGACGUACUAGUUUCAGAUAAUGGACGCGCAUUUACCUCGGAAGAAUUCAAUAAUUUCUUAAAAGAAUGGAAUUAA